AUGGAAAGCAACAGUAAUAGUUCUGGUGAUGACUACAAAAUUAACACUCACAUGGCUUCUACAGAAGCAAAUCAAUAUAUAACUACUACCAUUGAAUCAUUAUAUCAAUGUUUUCAACGAGAUUAUCACGAUUGUCCAAUAUUCUAUGUGGGUUCUCUUCAAAAUGCAUGUGACGAAGCUUUCAGUUCAACAUUAACUGAAGAAUGUCGUCCAGUACUUGUCUAUAUACAACAUGACAAAAGUGAUACUUUAAUACGAGCCCAAGAAAAAUCUACUCGAGGAAAUGUACUUGAUGAAUUGACUGUUUUUAAAGAAGAAUGUGAUGAAAAUGAACGAAUUUUAUCAUUUGAUUUCCUUUCCAAGACUGGCCUUUGUUGGGAUAGUCGUUUUUCUUAUUAA